CAACCCGCCGCCUCGACGCGUCACACGGCGAUUCGCAGCAGCAGCGACAACGAGGACGUCGUGUCGCGCAAUCGCAAAUUUGCACACCUGGUCUCCUGCUUGUCUAGUAGGUGUGCCUUUGCUUCAUUCCACAGCUUGAAGGUGGUGGGUGCACACCGCACAGACGAACAACAACCACCACCCCCUUCGGCAGCCUCAUUCGUCAUCAGCCUUUUGUCACCGUCACCAUCACCACCGUCGCGCUUUCUGCCAGACAACCCGUCUGCCUGCGUACGUACCCGCCAACGCCAUCCCAACCCAUCACAUCUGUCGCCCUUUCCCUCCACCCGGCAUUACACCAUGGGCGGCGGCGCCCCCUCGCCUGACGCCCUCACCAGGGACCAAUUCGACGCCCUCCUCGCGCAGUACCCUCCGCUCGUCGAAUCCAUAUCCAAGGCCAAGGGCUGUACGUCUGCCCGUCUACUUCUCACCACUCACCACUCACUUUCUCUCUUUCUCUCUCAUCCACUUACUCACUCAACCAUUCAUUCACUCGCUCGCUCAUCAACACACACACACUCACUCACUCCGCCUCCCCUCCUCCUCCUCCAACCCAACCACCAACCCCUUCAUCCCCGUCUUUCAAUUCCUCUUCUUGUUCCCCCACUCCUCCCUCAACCAAAGAGCCAAACAACCCGCACUCAUAGAUUCUGACACGCACCCCAACAGCCAAGCCCGGCCAAAAAACCCUCCAGCAACUCGACCGCUUCCGCUAUGUCGACGCGCCCGCGGCCUUCAGUAUCGCCACUAACAAUGAAGACGGCUCCGACGACCCCCCUCGGUCCUCCAUGACCCUCGACGACGUCAAGCUCCUCGUCGAGUGGAAGCUCCGCCACGGCAAGUUUCGCCCGACGCUCAUGUCCCUCGUCUCCUCCAACCCCGCGCCCCUCGUCUCCUCCACCAUCUCCUCCGCUCUGUCCGCCUACCGCUCCUCCUCAUCUGCCUCACCCUCACCCGCCGGCACUUCCUCCGACCCGUCAUCAGCCGCAGCUGCAGCAGCAUCGGCCGCCCUCGACGCCCUCUGCAAGCUCCGCGGCAUCGGCCCCGCCACUGCCUCCCUCCUCCUCUCCGUGCACGACCCGCGCCGCGCGCCCUUCUUCUCCGACGAGGCCUUCCUCUGGCUCUGCGCGGCCGGCAACCCCCGCGCCCCCAUCAAGUACUCGGCCAAGGAGUACCGCGGCCUAGCCGAGAGGGCCGCCGAGGUGGCCACGCGCCUGGGCGUCUCGGCCCUCGACCUCGAGAAGGUGGCUUACGUCGUGAUGAAGCGGUCCGACAGCAGCGGCGCGGGCCCCAAGGAGCCAGCAUCCAAGAAGACGGUUACGAAAGUGGACACCAAAGUAGAGAAACCGGCGCCCAAGCGCAAGACGGAAGCAAAAGGGGUCGGCAUAAACAAGGACGCGUCUACAACGGCAGCUUCCGGCGUGCGCCGGUCUAAACGUUUAAAGUCAUAAAAGGUUGUUUUUUGUAUGUCUCUUCUCGCAUGCGAGGUGCUCCCCAUAUCGUAG